GGAGUGGGAUUUACACAGCAGCAGAAGACGGCGGAGAUGAGAAAACACGGGGGAGACUGUUCGAAGAUGCUUGUUCCGAAAACUCCUAUGGAUCUACGGAUGUUGGUUAAGAUCUCUACCAACACCGGUUUAACAUUCGUCCAUUGGAUACCAGAUUUUAUCCUCUCCCAAUUCAUAGCUGUAAUGUAUGAGAAUAAUCGGCAGGAGCUUCUUGAAUUAGCUAAAAACUUGCUGGAAAGAGAAGAAGCAGAGUUGCAUGUAAUAUCACAGAAAACGUUAAUUGUUUGGGGAGACAAGGAUAAGGUAUUUCCAUUGGAGCAUGGUUAUCGGCUGCAAAGGCAUCUGCAAAAUUCAAGAUUAGAGAUAAUCAAAGAAACUGGACAUGCUGUUAAUGUUGAAGCACCAAGUACUCUUAAUAAUUUGAUUACUUCGUUUGUCUUAAGCGUUUGAUCUUUUAUUUUCUAUAUCUAUCUCUACCAACUAUCUAUAUCUCACUUGGUUUUAUAUAUUUUUUGUUAUCGUUUAAA